AAAUCUCAGGUAGAGAGAGGUUACUGUCGAAGCAGAGGGAGGAGAAAGAAAGCUUUUUUUUUCUGGUCUGAAAUCGAAGUGCGAAUCGGAGGGGAAUCUAGGGUUUCGAGAAAAUGGGAGGAGGACAUGGCGGAGGUAUUACUUACAAGGGAGUCACUGUACACACUCCCAAGACGUGGCACACCGUCACCGGGAAAGGCUUGUGCGCCGUUAUGUGGUUCUGGAUUCUGUACAGGGCAAAGCAAGAUGGUCCUGUAGUUAUGGGAUGGAGGCACCCAUGGGAUGGCCAUGGUGAUCACGGUCAUGGGGAUCACCACUAGGUUUUGCUUUUAGGUCUCACUGAACCUUUGAAGAUCAUGACGAAAAAAAAAGAAGGAAUCGUCUCUUGUUUUUUUUUUUUAAUUUUCAGCUUCAUAUGUCGAAAUAAAGAGAACUGUGAAGAAGACGUGAAUUGUUUGUCUACACAACUUUGGAGGCCUUGCUACUUGUGUUGCACUUCCUGAUGAUGUUGUCAUUUUGCUGUCUACAAAUUAAUGUGAAAUAUAAUAAUUUGCGAGAUUCGUGUUCGUAGA